AUGGUUUAAUAAAAUAGUCUACUCUUUAAAAAAAAAUAUGUGUUUUGAUUUGUUUACCCUUAGAAAAAGGUAUUGUAGUUAUACCAGAGCACCGAUGGUAUCAGGGGACAGUAUUUUGACCUAAUUUGAAAGAAUAGAAAUAAAAUUAAAUAAAGAGAAGCUCGUUUGAGAGCCAUCCUGUCGCAGAUCUAGACAGGUGGAGCUGGUGGAGGUGGAGGGGUUCAGAGGAACACUUACAGAGCUGCAGAACCAGCUUAUUUUCCGACGUGCAUGCAAGAUGUUUUCCUGUGAAUGUGCACGCUAAAUGUUUACAAUAAUGCAUUUAAAAUAAUAAAAAUAAUAAUAACAACACCAUUUUGCAUUAUCAAGCAACACAAGAGAUAGUUGUUUGUAUAGCUAAAUAAAACUGAAGCAAAUAACACCAGAAGCUACAUACAUUCUAGUCACAAAUGGCCGUGCAUGUUCUUACGUUCUCACACUACAGCAGACUAUUUAAAUGUGAGCAAGCAAUCUCAAGGACCGCAGAAUUAACUGAGGACAGUCUGCUUGUACUAUACAGUAAAUUAUACCAUUGCUAGCAGAUUGUUUAUAGAUGGUCUAUCAGCCUUCGGCAUCGAGAAUAUAAUCGCUGGUUAUAGAUUAUCGUAAGAUUAUAUAGAGAUACGCGGUACACGUGAAAGUCAGUCCGAGCUCUAAAUGGUUGUAUUUUUAGAGGAAUAUGUAGGGAGCAAAUACAAGGGUCUUGCAACGGAUGAAGACACGGUAGAUGGACAGAAGAAGACGGAGAUCCAGCUGAAUCGAAGGCUUCUGGAUCACUUUCGAGAUCUGGCGGACAGCAAUAAAGACACAGAUGAGGUGGACCUGCAGUUUUUGAAUGACGUCCUCACGAACGGAGCUGACCCGAACUCAGCAGAUAAAUAUGGGCAAACGGCCCUCCACGAGAUAUCUCGGGCAUGGAACGUGGACGUCAUGCGGUUUUUCCUAGAAAGAGGGGCCGAUUUUCAGAGGGCCGAUGCUUUCGGAGUGACUCCUCUUCAUGUAGCCGCUGCUCUGGAUUAUGAGGAGAUGAUGCUGUUCCUGUUAGAAAGACAAGCUGACAUCGAAGCUUGCACGUAUAAAGACAAGCAGACC